GCUAGCACAAUAUUUACGCACCACGACCGCUUGACCUACAGUAGACUUUGUAUUCCGAUAUUUGUUGAUAUUUAAGUGUUAAUUUAAGCAUACAAUAACACAAUGCCAGAGGGAUCAUUACCCAAGAAGCAAAAAUGUGAAGAUCCGGCCGUGACAAAGUUAAGAGAUUACAUACGCCUCCGAACGGUCCACCCCGAGCCUGACUAUGAUGGAGCAAUUUCCUUUCUGAAAAGUUAUGCAGAAGAGAUCGGUCUUCCAUUUAGGACAGUUGAGGUACAUCCUGAUCGUCUGGUGGCCAUCAUGACUUGGGAAGGACUGGAUCCCUCCCUACCUUCCAUCAUGCUCAACUCUCACACAGAUGUUGUCCCAGUUUUCCUGGAACAUUGGAAAUGUGACCCAUUUGCUGGACAAAAGAUGGAGAACGGUGACAUCUAUGGCAGAGGAACUCAGGACAUGAAGUCGAAUGGGAUAAUUUUUCUGGAGGCUGUUCGUCGUCUGAAGACAGAAGGACAGAGAUUUAAUAGGACUAUCCAUCUCACAUUUGUACCUGAUGAAGAAAUUGGUGGUAAACUUGGCAUGGAAAAGUUUGUGGUACACGAGGAGUUCAAGAAACUCAACAUUGGAUUUGCAUUUGAUGAAGGUUUGGCCAAUCCUACAGACGCCUUCACAGUUUUCUAUGGAGAGAGAGCCCCUUGGUGGGUCAGGGUGAAAUGCUCCGGUCAGCCAGGUCAUGGUUCAAGGUUCAUACAAGACAGUGCAGCUGAGAAAUUUAGAAGAAUUAUAAACAGUUUCUUGGAUUUCCGAGCACAGGAGGAGAAAAAAUUGAACGGUAAUGCCUGUCUGAGGUUAGGGGAUGUCACUACAGUGAACCUAACUAAUGUCCAGGGCGGAGUACAGUUCAACGUUGUUCCCAUGGAUAUGUAUGCAGGUUUUGAUGUCAGAAUUGCCCCAACUGUGGACCUGGAGGAAUUUGAAAACAAAAUCAAGAACUGGUGUGCUGAAGCUGGAGGCGAUGUUACAUACGAGUUUAUUCAGAAAUGCAUGAUACAAGAUACCACAUCUGUACAUGACUCUGACCCCUGGUGGAAAACGUUCAGCACGGUCUGUGAGAGAUUGGGUAUGAAGAUAGAACCUGAGAUAUUCCCAGCAGCUACAGACAGUCGCUUUAUCAGAGAGAUUGGGAUUCCAGCAUUAGGGUUCUCCCCCAUGAACAACACACCUAUUCUGCUCCAUGAUCACAACGAGUUCCUGAAUGAAAACAUUUUCCUGAAAGGCAUUGACAUUUAUUCUGCAAUCAUUCCUGAGAUUGCAAAUAUGUCAGUGUAAAGAAAAGUGAUCACCCGACAACUUUCUGAACUUCUAAAAAUAUAAAAUGUUUAAUUACCUUAAUUACGGCCUGUACUCAGUUUGGGCAUUUGCAUUUUGCAUAAUGUUUUUGAAAAUUUUGAUUUCAAAAUGAAAGGUUACCAGAUAAUAGAGUUGCAUUUAUCAAUAUCGAUAUUCAGAAAAUUAAAAUAUGUUGAAGAAACUUUAUGCUUAUUCAAGAUAUUGCUUUUGUAACAAAGCAUGUUAAUUAGAUCUAAAUCACUGCCUCUGCUCUGGUUUAACCAGGGAUCUCUGGAUUUCUAGUCUUACGCUAUCGAGCUAAGAAGAAGUUCUCUUUAACCAUGUGGUAUUUUAUGGCUAAUAUUUUACCAGGGUUACACUUUUAUCUUUGAAACAUUAUACUGCACACAUGAUCAAGGUCUGUUAAAUUUUAUCAUUAUAAAAUAUAAUCAGAUGCCUUAUUAUCCAUGUGGAAUUCCCAGUAAUUACAGAUAUAUAUUUACUUUGAAUAACAGGAAAUCAUGGAAUCUCUGUAUAGGAAAGUUUGUAUUGGUAAUCAGUUAUUGUAAAUGUGAUUCAUUUUUAUGUCAUUGAAAUUAUUGGAGGAACAUUUUGUAUGAUGUAUUUGUGACUUUGAACAAGAACAGGGUGUUAAACAUAUAACUGAAGAAGGAAAAUGGUAGAUUAGACAUCCGGAAAUAAUUCAGCUGCAAAAAAAUUGAAGUUUGGAGCAUUUUUCUGGAGGCAGUCAUGCAUACAUGUACAUCAACAGACAUGACAAGGUACAUUUUGUAUGUGGGUCACCUGUACAACCACAUGGGUUUUUCUCCAGGUACUUUGUAUCCCCCUAGCAUGCUCCCAUCCAUGUCAACAAGAAAGACUACUGUAAUAUAAGUUCAUAUUCCUUGUUUCUGAUUGUUCAAGAGUAUUAUAUAGACUACUAUGCACAUCAAACUUGAUAUACCGGUUUUGUGUGAGAGUUAUCUCCCUUGGAAUAAAUGUGUGUUAUUAUUAUUGUGAUGAAUUGAAUGUUUAUUUUCAGUACAUUCAGUUGUGUGUAAUUUUAACUAUGUUGGGCUCAAAAACUAAUAAAUGAAGAGAGGAAUUCAAAAGUUACCAAAGGAGAU